UGUAACCUUAUUUUCCUCAAUUCAAAUCAUAUCUCCUCCGCGCCAUGGGUAAGCGUGGAAAGAAGGGUCAGGGCGGCCGUGGUGGUGGGCAGCGCCAAAACUGGAACGAUAUCCCCAAGACGAACGAGAAAUUCGAGCGCUUUUACAACGAGCAAGGAUUUAUUCCCGAGGAAGAAAGGGAGGAAUUCUGGGAGGCUCUCCGGAGAGAUCUCCCCAACAGUUUCCGCUUCACUGGGUCACGAGGACAUGCCCUCGCAGUCCAGGAGCGUCUUAAGGAAUUCUACAUCCCUGAAAUCACUUCGAUUCAGUAUGAGGGUAGCUUCGUCGAGCCGCCUCGCCCGGUCUCUUGGUAUCCCGAUCAGCUCGCGUGGUCGAUGACGACCCCCAAGCAGGUUGUUCGGCGUUUCGCCCCGUUCGCUAAUUUCCAGAAAUUCCUGGUCGCCGAGACCGCUGUUGGAAGUAUUAGUCGGCAGGAGGUUGUUAGCAUGAUCCCUCCGCUCUUGCUCGAUGUGAGACCUGGCAUGACCGUGUUGGACAUGUGCGCCGCUCCAGGUAGCAAAUCUGCACAGCUCAUGGAGAUGCUUCAUGCAGGCGAGGAAGAGUCAAUGCUUCAGGCUUCUAAAGAAGUGAAGGAGGGAAUUGCUGGACCCGAGCCUCUGGGACCUGAGGGCCUCAACGAUGAUGGUAGAACCACCGGUCUUCUCAUCGCCAAUGACACUGACUACAAGCGCGCGCACAUGCUUAUCCAUCAGAUGAAGCGACUCAGCUCCCCCAACUUGAUUGUCACGAACCAUGAUGCCACAAUGUACCCCUCAAUCAAACUUCCUUCGCCUCCCGGACCUAGUGGAAAAGUCCACAACAAAUACCUCAAGUUCGACCGUAUCCUAGCGGAUGUACCAUGUACCGGUGAUGGAACUCCCAGAAAAAACAUCGGCGUUUGGAAAGAAUGGACCCCUGGUAAUGCUCUGGGAUUGCACGCUACGCAAGUCCGCAUCCUUGUGCGUGCUCUGCAGAUGUUGAAGGUCGGUGGACGCGUCGUGUAUUCGACUUGCAGUAUGAACCCGGUUGAAAACGAAGCUGUCGUUGCUAGCGCCAUUGAGCGCUGUGGUGGUGCCGCCAAUGUGCGUAUUGUCGAUUGCAGCAGCGAAUUGCCGGGCCUGAAGAGAGUUCCUGGAUUGCGCUCUUGGAAGGUUAUGGAUCGCGAUACAAGGAUGUGGAACACCUGGGAAGAAAUCGAGGAAUACAGAUCACGUGAAGGUAUCAGUGGUCUUGGUAGAGUCGCCGCAGGCAUGUUCCCACCCACUGGUGAGAACGCGGACCUGCCCCUCGAGAGGUGUGUUCGUAUCUACCCCCACCUUCAGGAUACUGGUGGGUUCUUCAUCACUGUCCUGGAGAAGUUGUCCGAGAUUCGCGCCAAGCCAGAGGACUCCUCGAAGGUCAUUCCUAAAGGAACCGUGGCCGCGCUUGCGGAGGAACUUGAAUUCAAGCAGAAGCAUGGUAACGGGCAGCCCUUGGAGAAGAUUGAUACUUUAGAUGAUAUGGUUACUCCUGAUAAGGAGGGUGCAGAAGAGGCCCAGAAGAACGCUACUGUUGCAGAGGCUAGCCAUCAACCACCUUAUUCGGCUACUAACCAGAUGUCCCCUGCGAAAAGGGACGCAGAGAGCAUGGAGGAUGAGAUCCCUGCCAAGAGAACUAAACUCGACGGUGGUUCUGAAGUAGUUGUGGGUGAUCGACCCGUUCAUCGGCCGGCUCCUGUGGCCGAAUCGGAUAGUAUGGAUACAUCGGAUGUUACUUCUACACCGGUACCUCUUGAGACUGCUAAACCAGCAACGGGUGAAGUCAAGGUUCAGCCUCCCCAGAAACGGAAGCCCGGCCAGCCCAUCGAGGAGCCUUUCAAGUACUUAGAUCCUAAUCAUGUCGAAAUCCAACCUAUCUUCGACUUCUACGAAGGAUCAGACCGGUUCCCUAGAGAUCGAUUCAUGGUCCGCAACGCACAGGCAAUCCCAGCUAGAACGAUCUACUACACUAGCGCAUUGGCGCGCGACAUCCUGACCGCAAAUGAGGGACAGGGCAUGAAGAUCGUCCACUGUGGUGUCAAAAUGUUCGUGAAGCAAGAUGUGCAGCGCCCGGGUGUGUGCCCUUGGCGUAUCCAGACCGACGGUCUGAGAGUCCUCGAGCCAUGGCUAGGCUCUGGCAGAGCGGUUACCCUUAAGCGGAAGGAAACUAUGCGGAGACUGCUUGUGGAGAUGUUCCCCAAGGUCGACGAUGAGGGAUGGAAGGAGCUGGGAGAAAUUGGCGCGCGUGUGAGGGAUAUCCCGAUGGGUUGUAGUAUCCUGUACAUCGAGCCUGAUUCCUCUGAGACUGGCUUCAGCGAGCGAAUGGUUCUUCCGUUGUGGCGCUCUUUGCAUUCCGUUAACCUCAUGCUUCCUAAAGAAGAGCGUCGUGCAAUGCUUCUCCGUAUUUUCAACGAUGAUACUCCUCUUGUCAACAUCACCCAGAAGCGCGCAAAUGUCGACACCCCAGUUUCGUCGACCCCGGCAGCUGAGACAACCGACGCCGACAUCACUCCAGCUGUAGCCCCCGCCGAGGCAGAGGAAGAAGCCGUUAAGCAUGAAAACGAGGUUUUGGGGCAAGAUGAGCAGGAACAUGCCGAAAGCCGGGAGACAUGGCAAAAGGCUGGCGACGAGGAAGACCGGUUCAACACAACUGUAUAGAUUUGUAAUAUGACCUGAGAUCUGUCGGGAUAUAAAUAUAUUUGUGAAAAGCAUUGAAUGUAUUUUUUGAACAGAAAUUAUGAUGUUGCACGUAUACUUGAGGGUCUGCUUCAACU